AUGUGGCGCUACCCCCGAACCCUCGGAGUACAAUCCCCACCCCGUCACCACCACCACCAGCAGCAACAGCAACAGGUAAACUCACCCCAUCCACCAGCACCCCCAUCCUCGAGAACUACCAAUCUCCACGACCACGAUCACGACCACGACCACGAGGAUAUGUCACCCCAGAAGAACACACGCUCGAUGAGCCCUGCGUCUCUCGCGAUGCCACCGCCCCCACCGCCAAAGCCAAAGAGCGUCACGAUGGAGGAGGCCCCGAGUUUGCACCACAAGCCCAGUAGCAAGCCCGUUAUGACACCUCCGGAGGCAUAUGCCAAUUAUAGACAUUUCAAUGUCACUAUUCCGGCUCCGGGGGUCGCCCAUGUCGAGAUUAAUAGGCCCGAGAAACUUAAUGCGUUUUAUAAACUGAUGUGGGAUGAGUAUGGCUCGAUCUUUGACCGUCUGUCGAGCGAUUCAGCAGUACGCUGCAUCGUACUUUCGGGCGCUGGCGAGAAGGCCUUCACAGCUGGGCUGGACUUGGAGAUGAACAUGGAAAUGGUAGGGGGACGGGCAAAGGGCGACGAAGAGGCUCCGAUCGAUCCAGCGAGGAAAGCGUGGGCACUUAGGAAGCACAUUCAAGAGUUUCAAGAAGCGAUAUCGGCGGCUGAACGGUGUGAUAAACCGGUCAUCUCCGUGCUUCAUGGAUUCUCACUAGGCCUCGCUAUCGAUAUCGCCUGCGCAACCGAUAUUCGUAUUUGUGCCAGCUCAACAACAUUUGCUGUUAAAGAAGUUGAUAUCGGGCUCGCUGCUGAUAUCGGCACGUUGUCGCGUCUCCCGAAGGUUGUGGGGUCGUUGUCGUGGGUCAAGGAUGUUACAAUGACUGCACGCUUCUUUGGCGCGGAGGAGGCCCUGCGUGUGGGGUUGGUUAGCGCGGUAUACGGAAGCAAGAAGGAAGCCUUGGAGGCGGCUAUGAGGUUGGGUAUUACGUUGGCGGGUAAGAGCCCUGUGGCUGUGCAGAGUACUAAAGCUCUGGUGAAUUACAGUGUUGGGAGGAGUGUGCAGGAAGGUUUGCUCUAUACACAAUCGUGGAAUGCGGCGGCGUUGCAGACUCAGGAUGUGCCAAAUGCUAUCAAGGCUACCAUGCAGAGGAAGAAACCUACCUUCUCAAAGUUGUAG